CCUGUUUCCGCCCCGAUCUCCGGGGUGGGAUGGAAUGAAAGAGGGAGGUUUGGGAAUGGCGCGGAGGGGAAAGAUCUUGCCCCCCGGAAAUGGGCCAGGGCUGUUUCCCCCUCUCCUAGAUAAUAGGGGCGGGGCUGCCCCCACCUAGGAGGGGGAGGUUGCCCCCGAUGGAGCGCUCUGGGGCAGGGGGUUAUACUCUGACUCGCACCCGGGGAGGAGCCGGGUGGCUGAGAGGCGCCCCCCAGCCGAGCCCCCUCAGCAGAGCUCUGCCAUUGCUGGUGCGGGAGGCGCGGUCGCAGCGUGUCCUGUGCCCGCCAGUCCCCUGUGCCCGCCAGGCGUCGCGCAGUGAGUGGAGAAACGCAUUUCAGGUUACCCUGGUCUCCACUAUGAUCUCACAGUGCUUACAAGAUUUCUUAAAAAUUGUAAAUUUUCGUCCUCGGAGUUCCAAAUUACAUCAGUGUUUAAGAAGUAGCAAAAAUGGUUUCAACACCAAGUCACUUUCCAAACAUCAAAGGCGAGUAGUUGUCACAGGUAUUGGAUUAGUAUCUCCUCUUGGUGUUGGGACUCAAUUCGUGUGGAAUCGCCUUCUCCAAGGAGAAAGUGGGAUUAUCUCUCUGGAUGGGGAAGAAUAUACAAGUGUUCCAUGUAGAGUGGCUGCUUAUGUGCCAAGAGGAAAUGGCAAGGGUCAGUUCAGUGAAGAGAACUUUGUGUCAAAAUCAGAAAGCAAAUCCAUGUCUUCUGCCACUAUCAUGGCCUUGGGUGCUGCAGAGCUAGCAAUAAAAGACUCUGGCUGGCAUCCACAGUCUGAACUGGAUCUCUUAACUGCUGGUGUGGCAAUUGGAAUGGGAAUGGUUCCACUGGAAGAUAUUUCCAAUACAGGCUUGAUGUUUAAAACAAAAGGUUAUAACAAAGUCAGCCCAUUCUUUAUCCCUAAGAUCUUAAUCAAUAUGGCAGCAGGUCAAAUCAGCAUUAGAUACCAACUCAAGGGGCCCAAUCAUGCUGUAUCAACUGCUUGUACCACAGGAGCACAUGCUGUUGGCGAUUCCUUUAGAUUUAUAGGCUAUGGUGAUGCUGAUGUGAUGUUGGCUGGAGGAACAGAGGCUUCUAUUAGCCCCUUGUCUAUAGCUGCAUUUGCAAGAGCUCGGGCACUCAGCACUAACUUUAACUCAAGCCCUAAACUGGCAUGUCGACCGUUCCACUCACAGAGAGAAGGAUUUGUAAUGGGAGAGGGUGCAGCUGUGUUGGUGUUGGAAGAAUAUGAACAUGCUAUUCAAAGAGAAGCCAGGAUCUAUGCAGAAAUUUUAGGUUAUGGACUCUCUGGUGAUGCUUGCCAUAUAACAGCACCUAAUCCAGAUGGAGAUGGUGCUUUUAGAUGUAUGUCUGCAGCAAUAAAAGAUUCUGGAAUAUGUCCUGAGGAUAUAACAUAUGUCAAUGCACAUGCCACUUCUACGCCACUAGGAGAUGCGGCUGAGAAUCAAGCUAUCAAGAGACUUUUUAAAGAGCAUGCAUACACUCUUGCAGUUUCCUCAACAAAGGGAGCAACAGGACAUCUCCUGGGGGCUGCAGGGGCUAUAGAGGCAGCUUUUACUGCACUGUCCUGUUACCAUGGAAUUUUACCACCUACUCUCAACCUGGAUAAAACUGAGCCGGAGUUUGACCUUAAUUAUGUUCCGCUAACAGCCCAAGAGUGGAAAAGUGAAAAACGACGCAUUGCUCUCUCUAAUUCAUUUGGUUUUGGUGGUAGUAAUGCAACACUGUGCUUUGCUCAUGUUUAGCUUAUAAUGUGUUAUGUGCAUGUAAAUACUACACAUGCAGAUUGGUAAAUGGCCUAAAAAAUAAUUUGUGGUACUGCAUUAUGUUUUGUUGUACUGUAACACUUUUUACAUGAACCAUAUCCCUUUUUAUCCAGUCACAUUGGAGACUUGCUUAUUUUUUUCUUAAGUCUUCCAGUCCUUACCUAUUUAUACUUCAGACUACAAAAGAAUGAAUAUUACUCCUUUAGAGUCUGAUCUUGCAAAUGAUAAGUGCUUUCUUUGAUUUCAUUCACUUCACUAGGAGAUUAGGAUGCUCUGCACUUGGCAGGAUUUAGUCCUUAGUACAACAACUCCUGUUUGAUCAAGAGCCCCAUUCACCUCAUUCUCCCCUUUAAUAUAUUGUUUGCAUUACUUCCGGUUAUUACUUUGAAAUACCAAAUUCAGCACUUUAAUUAGGAAUGUCAUAUUUUAAAAAGAAAGGUAUUAAAGUUGAAAAUGCUCUAAAAUGCUUUAUAUUAAAUUAAAUAUUCAAAAGUACAUACCACUGUUAAAAAACCUAUUAAUUGCUCUUUUUUUUUUUUUUUUUUUUGUCAGUAAGGUCAAGAAGGUAAAAGUAGAAUCUGAAUGGAAUUGUUCUUGCAAAUGGUUUGGUAAAGAUGCGGCUCAGUUAGAUAGAAAAAUUAACCUAUUUCAGUUAUUUUAGGGAGAAUCUGUCAAAACUGAGGGCUUUAUUUACAUUAGUACUAUAUCUUUUAGAACAUCAAAGAAGUAAACUCAGCUGAAUUGCCUUUUCCUCAAAAGAUUUAACAGUGAACAGAAGUUUAUUUGAUUUGAAAGCAUGAUGGUUUUGUGUCUUCUUUGUAUGUAUUGGUAAUCCUGAUUUUGUUUUAAAUUUUAAUAGAAAGAUUUAAAACAAAUAAAAAUUCUCCCACUGUGUUUGCAGUCCAAAUAUUCCA